AUGAAGUCAAGUACUUCCAAGAUAAUAAUGGCAGCAAUAUUAAUAACGGUGGUGAUCCUUGCAAUAAUUCUAGGCCUACUCAUAGUUUUUCUUGUUGAAUUUUUCUGUUCUUUCUUACUUCAUAGGCGUCAACGGUCAAAAAUGCCUAUAAAUUUUGAGAUAGCCUCCACCACACAAUCAUCACCACAAUAUUGUCAACGAUCAAAAGGGGUUACAAAUUUCACGACUACCUCUAUCACACAACCACCACCACCACCACCACCAGAGAGUCAACAAGAACACUCUUCAAUUGCUCCAAUUACAACUCUUAAUAGCUUUUAUGCACAAUUAGGGGUUCUUCAUGCUCCAAGGAAUUACCUCUUCCCUAAAAUUUCCACUAAAGAUCAUCACAACUUUGAUGCUCUUGAAAUAGUCCAAAAUAAUAUGCCAUACCCUAAAUUAGUCCAUGAAGUACAAUCACUUCAAUGUAGCAAUAGUAGUACUAGUACUAUGGAGGAACAAUUUGUUUACAUAUCAAAUCCAAUUUUUGAUAACGAAAAAAUCGGGCUUGAUCAUACCCCGUUUGAAACGCCUAAUUCAUCCCCCUCUUGUCUUGAAAUAAUAAUUGCUAGUUCUUCUGAGGAUGAAGAAGGAAAUUGCGGAAUUUCAUCAAGUUCUAGUACACCUUCUUCAGUACUAUUAACUCCAAUGAAGAAACUUCCAGCCAAGGCAUGUUCAAUUUCACUAAGAGAUACUACAUCACUUGGAACUUCAAGAAGUGACUCUAAUAGUAACAAUUCUUCUUUAUCAGGAUCUCCAUGCACUUCUCCUUCUUGGUGAAAUUAGCAAAAAAAAAUCAAAAAAAUCUAUGUACUUAAAUUUGUCUAAUUAGGCUUUGUUUAAAUGUUCUUUGUUGGCUUAGUUUGUUUAGUACUUUUAAUUUUCUUGUUUAGUUAUUUUUGUUGAUGUAAUAGGGAUGCUAAAAAGGUGGUGAUAGAAAGAUCAAUAUUUAUUUCUGUCCCAAUU